CGCAACCGCUCGCGCUCUCCCACACAAAUCGAUCGCUACCAACCCGAUCGUUCACGCGACGACUACUACCGUGGCCGUGAGGAUUAUCCUCGUGACAGACGCCGCUCGUCUCCUCAGAUCCAGCCAGGUGCUCCGAAGAACAUCGAUCGAUACAUCCCUGGCGACGAUGCCGCCCUCCCUAGAGCCAUCCCAGUAAAUCAACUCAGGGACCCGCUGCUCGAAGCCUCGCAGGUCGGAUUUAGUUACUUCGCAGAGUGGUGGAAGGCCGAGCAAGAGAUCAAACAACAACGUGAGCGUCAGAAGAAUGGAGGCCGUCGUCCUGAGCCCGUCAAGGAAUCACGCGACGAACAGCGUGCAAAGAUCCAAAAUGCCUACGAUCAGUACAAGCUGAACUGGAACACAAGAAUGGCCAAGCUCUUCGUUCAUGGUCACAAGUAUGACACAUGGUUCCGCGAACGCUACGUACCAGAAGUUCGCGACCCUUUGCGCCAAAAGGUUCUCGAUUUCAGACGCGAUCUCUUCGCUCGGUGGGACUCGGACUUGACGGCUGGUACCUUUGACGAGUUUACCCUUGAGGGAAUCUACAAGAGCGAGAGCAACGGUGCUGGAGGUAUCGUCGAAAAGGAAGAGGGAGAGACCAGUGCUGCUGCAGAGGUUCUGGCUGUAUCAGAUCUGCUGCCCUCCAAGGGUGGUGAUGUUCGAGAUCCGGUUGCUUUCCAACCAACACUGCUCGUCAAAACCAUCACUCCAGCUGUCUCGCGCGAACGCAUGGAAGAAUUUUGCAAGGAACACCUUGGUGAGGGCGAGGGUGGCUAUAAGUGGCUGAGCCUGAGUGACCCGAACCCAGGAAAGAAGUUCCAUCGUCUUGGCUGGAUUAUGCUCAAUCCUGCAUCUGACGUACCUGAAGAGGAGACCAAACGCCGUGGAAGCCGAGACGACGAUGACCAGGAUGCUGAUGGUGGUGCUAUGGAUGAAGACAAGCCAGACCACGCUCAGACCAUUUGCGAGAGGGCUUUGAACGAGAUUAACAACAAGACGAUUCAAGACCCUGAGAAGGGCGACUUCACUGUUCAUGUCGGAAUUCAUCACCCCCAGGAGAACCCUAGGAAAAAGGCUUUGUGGGAUCUCUUCUCCGCUCCCGAGCGUGUCGAACGCGAUCUAGAUCUCGCUCUUCGUUUGGUCAGGAAACUCGACUCAGAGAUGGGCGAAGACUAUGACGGCGUUAGCAAGAUCGAGCAACGUGUUGACGAAUUAGCUGGCAAGGGAUACUUGCAACCACCUAUCCCAGCCCCUAAGGUCGUCAAGGACGAAGAUGUCGAUGACGGUGAAAUGGAAGAAGGUGAAGAAGACGAAGGCGGUAUUGAUGAAGAUGUCGACGAUGAAGAGUUGUUGAUCAAGAAGAAGAAGCUUGAUCUGCUCGUCGAAUACCUUCGUCGUGUCUACAACUUCUGCUUCUACUGCGUAUUCGAAUGCGAUUCGGUUCACGAAUUGCAACGAAAGUGUGCAGGAGGCCAUCUGCGUCGUCCUCGCGCAAGUCUCACUUCGGCGGCCAAAGAGACUGCCAGAGCCACCGCAAAUGGAGAACCAUUCCCACUCAAACGUCAAGAAAGCGGUGCUGGAGAUGGCGAAGACGGUUCACCGGUCGAGGAGAGGAAAUCUGCCCCUCGAGCAUACGGCAAGAACCAGCUUCAGAAGGCAUACAAUUGGGUCAAGACCUUUGAGGAGAAACUGCUCAUGAUUCUUGAGCCCGAAAAUGUCGAUCUGAGGAAGCUUGGAGGCAAGCCGGUUGAAGAAGGCCUUGAAGAAGACAUGAGCAAGUUCGUAAAACAGGAGGACGAGUUCAAGUUCAGAUGCAAGGUUCCAGAGUGUACAAAACUCUUCAAGGGCGAAAACUUUUGGAAGAAGCACGUGGAGAAGAGGCAUCAGGACUGGCACGAUAAGCUCAAAGAAGACAUUGAGCUCGUCAACCGCUAUGUCCUUGACCCAGCCAGACUCGCACAGGGACGCAACGAUGCUAGUAGUAACGGCCACUUCCCUGUCAACAAUAACAUGCCCACGGGCACGCCUCGCAACUUCAGCCUGAACAACAUGCCAUUCUUCAACAAUGGGAUGCCCAUGCCAGGCGCAGGCGGACCUGCUGGCUUCAAUCCAUUUGUCCCUGGACAGUUCCCCAUGACGAUGCCUGGUUGGAACAUGCAAGGUGGUGACCGUGGAGCUGGUCCAAUGAGAACAGGAGGUAUGCGCACCACCAACGCUCGAGCACCAGGUCCAUAUGAUCGUGGUAUGAGAGUUGAGCCGCGACGAAGCAUCAGCGGCCGCCUUACGCCGCCCCGCCGCGGUAUGUUCAUGGAGGGAGGAGAGCACACCGUCGGACCUAGACAAGCAGUCGAAGGCCGUACGAUGAAGAGCUACAACGAUCUUGAUGCUGCUGGCAGUGCUGGAGGAGCUGAGGAGCUCAACUACUAA